AUGCUCACAGCUUCCAGUUGCUCUAUCGUCCUUUUCGCCGUCCGUUCCAUCAUUCAAUUAAUCUUCUUCACCCCGAAAACCCCCCCGUUCGACCCGACCCGGAACCAACCCUUCGUCGGCGCCAUCUUCACCAGCAACUUAUUCUGUAUGGUGUUCCACUACUUCUUCAUCCACCCGGACGCGGGGGAGUCCACUCGCGGCUACCUGCACGGCGGACUCUUGAUCGACUUCAUUGGCCAGAAGGCGCCCGUGCCGGUCGCUCGGCUCCUCUCUUUCGAUGUGUUGGUCAUGCUGCUCCAUCUUAUCAUGCUGGGUCUUAUUGUGGAGCGGGUCAAAACUACCGAGGCAACGGCGGCCGCCAACACCACCGCCGCAUCACCGUCGCCGUCGUCGACUGCGCAAUCGCCUAUUGCCGAGCGAGAUCAGGACCAUGAUUCCGAAGAACGCGGUGUUCUGCACAACGACAGUAAUCGCAGCAAUCACACCUCGAGUUCGUCGGAGGCGGAUAGUCAUGGGCUUGGACUUGGUGACGCUCUUGGAUCCCGAGAAUCCGGGUCCCAGUCUCGGCUCAACCUGGACGAGGAGUUCGAACGGGACGAGCUGCUGGCGGAUCCCUUGGAAAGCGGACAUACAUCUGGCAGUAAGAAUCACCACCCCGUUGACUCGUUUGCCUCGGGAGAAGCGGUAGUCAUGGAUCUCGGUCUGUUCGACGUGAUUCGAGACCAGUGGCGGUAUAGUCCCGUCGCGGCGAGACGCACCUCCGCAUACGUUCCCUCCGACCAAACUGCGGCUUUUCUUCGACAGCGAUUCGGACUUCAGGUGCGGCCGGACGGACGGGUGGAGAGAAUCGCACCGGGAGGCUCUUGA